AUGGUAUUCCCUGUUGUGGAACUAGUCGAAUUCGGUGAAUCAUCACCUGAAGCUAAAGAAGUAAAAAAAGGUGUUAUCGCAGAGGAAGCGAAGGGUAAUAAAAGUAUGGCAGGGGAUGGUCGCACUUCGGAGUCGGUUACACGAGAUCAAGAAGGGUGGGACACGACAACAAAAGUUGUUAAUGUAAAGAACCGAUAUUAUUCCACUUCCUCCGAUAGGUAUACCGAAGCCCAAAAGGCUACUUUUACGAAAUGGGUCAACAUUCAAUUACGUACGAUUCAUGUGGAUGAAGAAACGUCUCAAAAAAUUCCAGAAAUUAAAGCAAUUGAUCGUGAUUUCAGAGACGGGAAAAGACUAAUUCAAUUGCUUCAUGUCUUAUUUGAAAAUGAUCCUGAAUUGCCAAAACCAGAACGUGGUAGAACAAGACACCAUUAUGUUGCAAAUGUUAACAAAGUCCUUCAAUUUUUGCAAACAAGACUUGAUGAUUCGGCCUUAGCAGCUUUGCAAGCAAUAGGACCUGUGGACAUUGUUGACGGCAAUGUUAAAUUAACAUUAGGUUUAAUUUGGUUGAUGAUCUCAAAGUUUCGCCAAAUGGUCAGCAUUUUUGAAACGAUGAGUGAAGAAGCGAUGACUGCUGAAGUUGAAGCUAAUUCUAGUCCAACAGACAAAACAACCAAAGAAAGUGAACAUGCUCACAAUUGGUUAGAUGAUCUUGUUAAGGGAGCACCAGUUACAGUUAUCACUAAUUUCUCGGAUGAACCCGCUGACUCUCAUCAUCUAGAUUCGCCCAUGGAAUACGAGGAGCACAACUUACUUUUGCAUGAGCAAGAUUCUUCAUUUAACUCUCAUCAGGAACAUCAUGUUUCUCCUGUUGAUUCUUAUCAGGACUUUGGACAUCAUGAUCAAGAGUCCUCUUAUGAGUCAUAUCCUGAAAAGUAUGAUGAUGUAUCAACGGAAAUUAAGCAGACUCAACAGGAAAUACAAAACCGAAAUCCAACGGAACCUAUGAUCACAGGUGAUAAGAAAAGGUUCCUGCCUCAAAUUAAUUCUAAGCGUGUUCUUCCGUCACGCCUAUCGGCUGAGUCUCAAAAGGCCGUUGCGGAUAAACGUCUAUCACUUCCUCCGGGAAGUUUUCUUGGUGGAUCGAACAACAAAAAAAUUCAGGCACCACCGGCGAGAUUUAGAACCCUCAGAUUAGAUCAUUCUACUCCUAUGAGCUCUUCUUCUGGUAUACUUUUUUGGGUCAACAUGCAACUCAUUGAAUACGCUGCAAUUUUACCAUCUUCCUCGUAUCCCGUGGAGGAUUUUACUGGGAUGAAUGAUGGGAUCAUAUUGGCUACAUUAAUACAUCACAGGAAUGAGGAAUGGCUUGAGGAUUAUGAUUCAUUAAUCAAAGAGGACGAUGAACAUGCUAACAAAAAGGAAAAAAUCAAAGAAAGGCUAACCAGAUGCUUUUCUAUAUUAGAAGAUAAAUUAAAUAUUUCAAGUCCGAAAACACUGAUAUCGACAUUAAUCGAGAAAGAGGAUCAAAACGUGGAACAUCUUAAGAGGACUGGACUAGCAUGGAGCGUAUACAUGUCUGAAGUAUUCUUGGCAAUGUCAGAAAAACGUAGGAAGAAGGCCACUUUAAGAGGAAAGAAAAGAAUAGGACGAGUAGUUAUAAACGAUGAUGGAAAGGAACCUGCCACACAGGUCGAAGAUACUGAUGCCGCCAAGAGCAAGCGUAAAAAAUCUCGUGGAUGCUUGCCGAUUAUGUAUAACACAAGACCACUAUUUCCUAUGCCCUCUUGGUCCCCCAAGGCAUCCUUGCUUUCGGCUAUAUUUGAUUGGACUAUUGGAUGGUUGCUUAACGAGUACGACGAUGACGAUGAUAGCGAUAGUGAUGAUAAUGAACGGGCAGGUGAAUGCGAAGCGAGAACAAUUCGCGUUGGAAAAAAGAGAUCUGAUGGAAGUUGGAAUAUUCAAGAUGCUAAUGAAUGGAAAAAAAAGAAUGAGUCGUUAAGUGACAACGAAGAUGUGCCCAUUGAACUAUUAACCAAUGUGCAUCAGCCUGCUGUUUACACACAUUGGAGCUAA